AAGACACGCUUCCUGUUUCCGUUGAAAGAGUGUUUAUUCUAGAGCAAAGUAUUAUUUUAUGUGUUUCUUCUUUAUGGGAAAACUUCAACUUUCAUAUCACACGGACGUUUAAGGCAAGCGGCGUGUUUUUGGAGUAAUGGAUCCUGCUGAUCCUCAAGCGUCCAUGUAUGAUGAUGAUGAUGAUGAUGAAGCUGCCAUGAGCAUCACGUCCUGGGUGUCAGUGUGUCCCAGAGGACUCUGCAAGGUCCAGCAAAAACAAGCACGUGAGAGGCGGCUGCAGACUCCAGCAGACUUAGUACAUAAUACAUCAUGUUCAUCCAGUUACAGUCCACGGCUGGGAUCAUUGUGUCGAGUCAGAGUGCGGUUAAAAGCCGACGUGGACGACUCACAGACCUCAGUAUCCGAAGAACUAGAUGAGAAACUGUCAAUCACUGAUUUGACAGACACGGCGCCUGUAGCCUUCCCAAGGUGUCACGACUCUGUGCUGCAGGUUCCGAUGGGUGAAUGGACGACACUGAGGCUGGGGGAGGGCCAGUGUGACGUUGUUGAAAGGUGUUUGGAGAAGAUGAGAGCUGGAGAGAAAUGUGAGAUACUACUUGCUGCAGUGGGAAAUAUACCAGAUGUCUCUGUUUCCAAAGAACCAAGUGAAAAUGGUCCUCUAUGUGCCACGGUGGAACUCCAAGCUUUCACACCAGGCAAGGAAUCCUGGGAGAUGGCCCCCACUGAAAAAUGGGAGUGGGUGAAGUCACACAAGGAGAGGGGUGGAGUGAGAUUCAGGAGUGGGGAUGUGUGGGGAGCUGCACACAGCUACAGCCAGGCCCUGAAGCUCCUCAUCACGCUCUCCACACACGUCACAGACGCAGAGACAAAUGGCCACACGGACGCUGCAGAUGAAGCACGUCACCUUCCAUCGGCUAGAGAAUUCAAAACAAUGAAAGCUGAGCUCCACUCGAACAUGUCACUGUGCCAGCUGAAGCUGAACCAGCCGGAGCGGGCCAAGGACAGCGCGGCCAAAGCCACCGAGCUGGAACCCGGGGCCGCUAAAGCCUGGUACCGACUGGGUCAGGCGUGCCAGACGGUGGGCGAGCUGGAGGAGGCGAAGAGGGCGUUCAGGAGACUGCUGGAGCUGCAGCCAGAGUUCCCCGCUGCUUUGAAGGCCUUGAAAGACAUUGCAGCUCGAGAAAAAGCAACAAACACACAACUGGGACUGAGACUCAGCAAAAUGUUUAGCUGAAUGUGAAACUCUCUCUUUUUGUGACUUACCACUGAAAGCAUCUGUAGCCUCUGAGCUCCACGCUGUCUGCACACAUGAAUGUAACUUAAUAGUAAAAACAAAAAGUUUAAUGUUGUUUUAUUAUUGCAACAAUGUUCAACAAAGAAAAACUGGACUAUAAACAUUGUAGUAGUUUUACGAGUCGGCCACUGGGGGGCGUCAUAGCAUCUCUUGUACAGUUGAAAAUGUGAAACGGGCUCAAACUUUCCAUCUUCAGUUGAGCAAACCGAAGAUACAAUAAAAGCUGCAACCAGUCAAAGAAACAUGUCAGGG